CCCCAAAUCGAUCGGGAGGGUAGAGGCUCCCGGAAGAGAAGGGACCUCAGAGUUUGCGCGUUCCUGAACUUCCGCUUUCCGUUCUAGCCAGCGCCCGCGAUGACUGCUACUCUCCGCCCCUACCUGAGUGCCGUGCGGGCCACCCUGCAAGCUGCACUCUGCCUGGAGAAUUUUUCCUCCCAGGUUGUGGAACGACACAACAAGCCAGAGGUGGAGGUCAGGAGUAGCAAAGAACUCCUGUUACAGCCUGUGAUCAUCAGCAGGAAUGAGAAGGAAAAGGUUCUGAUCGAGGGCUCCAUCAAUUCUGUUAGAGUCAGCAUUGCUGUGAAACAGGCUGAUGAAAUUGAGAAGAUCCUGUGCCACAAAUUCAUGCGCUUCAUGAUGAUGCGAGCAGAGAACUUCUUCAUUUUGCGUAGGAAACCUGUGGAGGGCUAUGAUAUCAGUUUUCUGAUCACAAACUUCCACACGGAACAGAUGUACAAACAUAAACUGGUGGACUUUGUGAUCCACUUCAUGGAAGAGAUCGACAAAGAGAUUAGUGAGAUGAAGCUGUCAGUCAAUGCUCGAGCUCGCAUUGUGGCUGAGGAAUUCCUCAAGAAUUUUUAGAACAACACCUGGCUGGACUUCAUGGCUCUCCUCUCGUUCUUUCCUCUAUCUCUGCGCAGCUGCCCUGGUGGAGCUCUGAAGAGCUGUGGGGGUGGGGGGUGGGAAUGGGGCUUGCUACCUGGAAGAGAAGAGAAGCAGCAGUAGAUCUGCCGGGUCACGCCAGCUGAGUCAGCUCAGCCAUCAUUGUUCAGUCCCCUGGGCAGGGACAAGUUUUUUUAAUGUCUUGGAACAAACUCUGUGCUUGUAGGAAACGGCAACUUUUUUUUUCUUUUUCUUUUUUUAAAGCCAAACGUCCACCCACCCUCCCACUCACCCACCCACCCUCGGUUGCUGUAUUUGGUCCCAGUGAUUCUACACUGCUGAUCCCUGUGGGUCUGGGCAGGCCUGGAGCCAACAGGCAUCUGCUUCCUCCCUUCCUCCCUUCCCCGCCUCACCGCCCGUGGUCUUUGACAGAUUACGUGAAGAGGCAGCUCCAGACUCCACUUCCUCUCAUCCUCUGUCCUGACCCCACGGGCCCCUCGUGGCCUGUUGGAGGCUGAAGAAUCGAUCAGUGGUAUUUAUUGAGUGCUUAGUGUGUGCAGAGCACUGUACUGAGCACUUGGGCGAGUACAAUAGAGAUGGUAGACACACUCCCUGCCCUCUAGGAACUUGCCAUCUUGGGGACCUGUCUCUUCCUUUCCUGUGGCUUUUCGUUAUCUGAAAGCCGCUGUCCAGCAACCACUGGAGGUAGAGGCCGGGGGGGGCGGUGGUUGAGAGGAGGGGAGUGUUCGACUGGUCUGGGAGCCUGAAGACUUCAGCUCAGAAUAGCUGAAAAGCCUAAAAUCGGAGGCACUUUCCUGUGCUGAAGCCACCUUCUCCCUCAUCAGAGGAGGCGGGGGCCUCCACCAGCCCCUUUCUCCCAGGGUAUGCCUUUCUUCUACCCUUUGCCUUCCCUGGUGAUCCCCUUGCUGGUGCUGUUGUGGUUCCCCUGCCCCCCGCCAACCCAUACCCCUGCUCCUAGGCACCUGGUGCUGCUCUUGCACUUGCUGUAUUUUUUUUUUCUUACUCUGGUGACUUUUCCCAUUAAAGUUUUUUUUUCCUGCCUCUUUGGGGGCCG